AUGAAUCUGCUGAUAAUUGCACAAAGUAUAACAACCAAGUACCAGACGUAUGAAGAGGAUAACCCCGGCACGGAAAUAGGUAAUUUGUUGGAAGAUUUGAAGAUCAAUCUAUCAAACAAUUCCCAAACAAGUUUCCGUUUCAUGCACGAGGCGAAUUCAUGUGUUAUCCAGAUGCGGGAGAUGGAUGGACUUCUGACUGUCGGAGAGCGCAUUGACCGUGAGGCACUGUGCCCCCUCUCACCUCGGUGCCUCAUCUCUUUUGAUGUUGUCGUUUUCACCAAUGAAAAGUUUCAGCUAGUUCACAUUGAGAUCGAGGUAAUGGAUAUAAAUGACAACUCGCCACAGUUUUCCAGCAACGAGAGGUACAUCGAGGUUUCUGAGAACACAGCGGUGGGAACACGGAUACCAUUGGACGUCGCUGUAGACCAAGACGUGGGCCAGAACUACAUUCAGACUUAUCAGAUUUCCUUUAACAGCCACUUCGGUAUAGACGUACAAAGAGGUGAGGAUGGACUUAAAUUUGCUGAGCUUGUUCUGCUUGAAGAAUUGGACAGGGAAAAGGAGGAUUCAUAUACAAUUCAACUAACAGCUAUAGAUGGGGGAAAUCCUGCUAAGUCAGGGUCAAUGAAUGUAUAUAUCAAUGUGCUGGAUUAUAAUGACAACAGUCCAUCAUUUGAGAAGAGUUUAUUAAAGGUUGAUCUGGCUGAAGAUGCACCUGUGGGGUUCCUUCUGCUGAAAGUGCAUGCUUUUGACCCCGAUGAUGGUGCUAAUGGUGAGGUGGUUUAUGGAUUUACUGAUGACCCCUCCACAGAUGCAAAACGAGUUUUCCAAAUAGACUCACAUUCUGGUGCUGUGACCUUAAAAGCUUCAGUUGAUUAUGAAACAAAAAAGUCAUAUGAAUUUAAAAUUCAAGCUAGGGACCUAGGCAUGAACUCAGUGCCAUCUACCUGUAAAGUCACAGUAGAAAUUCUUGAUGUUAAUGAUAAUGCACCUGAAAUAAGCAUCAAACCAAUCACUUCAGUUAGUGAGGGAGUUAUUUACAUUACCGAGGCAGCCGCUAAAGACAGUUUUGUGGCUCUCAUCAGUACUUUGGACAGAGAUUCUGGCUCAAAUGGACGUGUUACCAGCAGUCUGCAAGGGCACGAACAUUUCAGGCUGCAGAAGGCAUAUGGAGACACUUUCAUGAUUGUCACAAUGACCACCUUAGACAGGGAGAGAAUUCCAGAGUACAACCUGACGGUAGUUGCCCAAGACUUUGGAUCCCCACCCUUCAAAACGAUAAAACUGUUCAGCAUCAGGGUGAGUGAUGAAAACGAUAACCCACCACUUUUUAGCAAGUCAGUCUAUGAAGUCUCAGUUAUGGAAAACAAUGUCCCUGGCUCAUAUAUUUCUACUGUGAUAGCCCGUGAUUGGGAUGUAGGACAUAAUGGCAAAGUGACAUACAAACUGCUAGAGAGAAAAAUUGCUGGAGGAGCUCCAUUGUCUUCCUAUCUGUCUGUACACCCUGUUUCAGGCUCUUUGUUUGCUAUGAGGUCUUUUGAUUACGAAACACUGAAGCAAAUUGAAGCAGAGGUCAUAGCCAUCGACAGUGGUACCCCUCAACUGUCGAGUACAACCUUAAUUAGGGUGGAGGUAGUAGACCAAAAUGACAAUUCCCCAUAUAUUACUUAUCCAUAUUUAUAUAAUAACUCUGCAGAGGUAGCCAUACCUUACAAUGCACCUGCAGGUUACUCUGUCCUUAGAGUGAAGGCACGAGAUGUAGAUGAGGGUGCCAAUGGGAAGCUCACCUUCAAGAUUGUGGAAGAUGACCUGGAACUCUUCUCUAUCAACAAGGAUACUGGAGACAUAGUCCUCAAGUAUGGUCUGACUUUCAUGAUUGGAGACAUGGUGGAAAUCAAAAUUUUGGUGACCGACAAUGGGAGAUCACCCCUCUCAAUCACUACCCCCAUCCGCUUCCUAGUGACGGACAUGCAGCCUUCUGAAGAUCAGAUUGUGUUUGUAUCACAACCCACCGAUAUAGAAUAUUUGGACUUGGAUGUUUCGCUUGUAUUUAUUAUCAUACUCGCUGGGGGCUGUGUCCUGUUAAUGAUGGCAAUUAUGAUUGUUGGAUUUUCCUACUUAAAGAACCAGAGAAAUGGAGACAGUAAUUACGGAAAUAAGAAUCUUUUUUCAAACAAUCCCCUCCUUGCCGCUGAAUACAGUGAUCAGCUCAGCGUGAAGGACAGUGGCAAGGGGGAUAGUGACUUCAAUGACAGUGAUUCUGACAUCAGCGGAGAUGGGUGCAGGAAAACCUUACAUUUGAAUGCUCACGCUACCUAUAAAGACUACAAGUCCCGUUUUCCACUGAUUCGCUACCUGUGCAAUCUCAGUGAGAUUGGGUGGUUCACAGCUGAUUGGAAGCAUGCCCUGCGAGAUGAAACACCUCAUUCUGAGAACACCGGCAACACCGACACAACUCUCAGCAACCUUCAGGGCCUUAUCUCAGAAGGUCUCCGCAUCACAUUAGAUACUGGAGUACCAAGUCCAAAGAUGCGGCUCGGGGCAUCGGAUCCAGGAUCCAGUGACCUGCAGCCCCUGACCUUUCACAAAGUCAAGGAACAUGGAGGAACAGAGAGACGAGAUGUUCCAUGUGCCUACCCAGAUGGGUCACCUGAAACUGAGACCCAAGCACCUCCAUGCGGCAGGUGGCGCCUCAGCAUCACACCAGCCCCGAUCCCCAACAGACCUGACCCUCAGUGCUUGGACCUCCCCUCUGCAUAUGAUUACCGUCGGCGUAAUGAUGCCACAUCUCCGGAUCGCUACCCGAUCCCACAUAUCCAGAACUUUUCUUCCCGGUUGGUGGAGGCAUCCAUUUUUUCGAAGGUUGACCUGGUGCUUGGCUACCAUCAGGUCCCACCUGCUACAGCCAGGGCCCUGCAGGAGUUCCUGGGCAUGGUUAUUUUCUACCAUCCCUUUAUCCCAUGGGCUGCCCAGAUGAUGCGGCUGCUGUAUGAGGCUCUCAGGAUUACGACAGCCAAGCAGGUUCUUGAUUGGACUGCUGAGCAGACCAAGGCUUUUGGAGCUACCAAGUCUGCUCUGACAAACGUGACCAUGCUGACCCACUCAUUGUCUGAUGCUCCAGUCGCGCUCACCAUUGAUGCCUCAGACUACGCUGUGGGGGCCGUGCACGAGCAGUUCGUGGAGGGUGCCUGGCAGCCGCUGGCCUUUUUCAGCCAACAGCUCAGGCCACACGAGUGGAAGUACACCUUUGACCACGAACUUCUUAGCCUGUACUUGGCUGUGCAUUACUUCCGGUUCCUCAUAGAGGGCCGCCCAAUCACAAUUUUCGUUGACCACAAGCCCCUGACGUUUGCGAUGGCUAAGACAUCGGAGCCUUAG